CAUUCCGUGCCACUUGUAGUUCUGGAGUCUCCACCGCAGACUGACCUUUGUGUGGUAUGCUUCUUUUACAGCUCGACAUACAUGCUCGUGUUGCUAAUUAUCGUCCUAGAGAGCAUCCCUCACCACAACUCACGCAGUCAUGGUGUACGGACAGUCAACAAAGACGAACGGACUCUCCAAGGGCGCUCGAGAUGGUAUCAUAGCUGCCGUUGUCAUCGUCAUCGCGAUUAUCCUCUCGCUGCUCGGGUUCUUCCUAUGGCGCAACCGCAAACUGAAGCUCACCAAAGCCAUUGUAGAUGCCCAAGAAGCAGAAGGAAUCAGAGCCUGGCCUACAAAAUGGCCCACGCGAGCAAGACCCGUCGCAACAGCUCCACAAACAAGAAGGCAUGGUGAAGCGGUCGAGCUGGCACCACCAGAGUAUGAUACUGCUCAGCCGUUGCCGACGUACGAGCCUGCACACCCACCUCGCGUCGGGUCAGAGUCCUAUGAGUUGACAAACAUGCCACAUGGACAUGAGCCUGCCCGCCAGAAUGUGUAGUGUAUCCACUUCGAUGGUGGGCUUCGACCAGCUACCGUUUUGAAUAUUCGAGAUCUUGCUGGAUGUGUGCUCUCCGGUCGAGAGGCUCCCGAGAGACUCACGGAUGUAUU